AUGAACGGAUUAAGCAAGAGAGGAGAAGAGCUUAGAGGAAACAAUCUAGAACUGGAGGGAGAACAAGCACGACAACUCAAUGGCUUCAAGUGGAAUGAAGAAAUUUGGAAAAUGCCCACACUGCGGCGAGAGGAAACGACGCUCCAUCUACUGUUCCACUGUGCCUUCGCACAGGAAGUCUGGAGACUUGUGCCUUGCGCCCAAACCUUGGACGUCCAAAGGUUUCCAGACCCUGAGAAAGGGAGUGGAGGAGACGAGGAAGCUCAUAUGUUUACCACCCACAGGCGUGGGAUCGGGACCAAUAUCAGCUUGGGUCUAUGGGCUCUCUGGAAAAGCAGGAACCAAAAGAUCUUCAACGGGAAUGAACGCCAAUUCACACCGGAGGAAACCACUACACAGGCGAUUUCCAAUGCCAGAGAAUGGCAAUCGGCGCAAUUGGGAAUCGAGAACAAGCACACCGGAACGCGGAGGAAAGAUCAGAGACCGAUCCGGAUGCAUGCAGUGAGAUGCAAUUCAGAUGCAGCUUGGAGAAAGGAGACAAAGACAGCCGGAAUGGGAUGGUGCUUCAGCAACGAUAGAGGAGAACCACUGGGUCACGGAUCCACAACGAGAUCGGUCGUCCGGUCACCUCUAAUGGCGGAAGCACUAGCGCUGCUUGGAGCGCUCCACCAGGCUCGAAACGACGGCCACAACCACAUCACAGUUGCUUCAGAUUCGCAAAAGCUGAUCGGAGCAAUUAACAGAGGAGAUCCUUCAAAGGAGCUUCACGGGAUUCUACAUGAUAUCCUAGAAUUUUCACAAUCUUUCAUCGCAAUUUUUUUCAGCUUUGUUUCGAGAGACGAGAACGUUUUGGCUGAUAGAUUAGCGAAAAACGUUUUGGCGGACCUCGGUCAGGGAUCGGUUUAG